AGCUUGCAGCUCCAUCUCCAUCGUUCCCUGUAAUCGAGCGUCGAGCUGCGCGAUCUGCAAUAAUGCACGUUUCGUGUCGGAUGGGAUUCUCGGUAAACACCGCGGAGCCGUCAGGAGCAGGAGCAGGAGCAGGAGCAGGAGGCGGACACGUCUUUGUUUUAUCCAAAUAAUAGCAACAACUAAAAAAUGGCUGGAUAUGGCUGUGGCUUUGACUCAACACACACGGCUUCGCGAACGACCCUGGACACCAUAACCAGUUGAGAGAGCGCGGCGCAGAUCAUCUUAAUGAACGUCAUAAGUGGGGUUGGGUGGCCAUGGACCCAUUCAGCCUGCUUAUUCUCACCAUCUCGGUGAUCAGUUUCAUCACCUUUCAGUGGCUCUUCCACAAAGUCAGUCCCUGGAUGUCCACUCACAUCAGCCUCGGCUUCCUCAGCCUCAGCGACAAGCAGAAGGUGGAAUGGAACUCAAGGACGGUGUCGACGUUUCACGCACUGUUGGUGGGAAUCUUCUGUCUCUACAUCUUGUUCUUUGAUGAUCCUGUCAAUGAAGACCCAGUCUGGGGAGACCCUACACUGGUGAAGACUAAUGUUGGCAUCACAACAGGCUACCUCAUAUCUGAUCUGCUGCUGAUAUUUUACUAUUGGAAGGCGAUAGGCGACAAAUUUUUUGUAGUUCACCAUCUGGCAGCGUUGUAUGCUUACUACUAUGUACUGGGCGAAGGAAUGUUGCCUUAUUUUGCUAACUUCCGCCUGCUUGCUGAGUUUUCUACACCAUGUGUGAACCAGCGCUGGUUCUUUGAGGUACUAGGUUAUCCCAAGUCCUCCCGGCCCAACAUGGCGAAUGGCGUUGCCAUGGCAGUAGUCUUUUUCGUGGUCCGCAUCGCCGUCAUGCCAGUCUACUACAUUCGUAUGUACGCGGUCUAUGGUACCGAGGCGUUCUACCUGGUGCCCUGGGGUGGCCGUGUAGCUUGGAUCGGCUCCAGUAUCUGCCUGGACAUCAUGAACAUUAUGUGGAUGCAUAAGAUUGCCCGCGGCUGCUACAAGGUGCUGCGUUCGGCACGUCAGAGCAAAGCCGCCCCCCCUCAGGAGAACGGGAAGGUGGAUUAAAGGAAACAGGGUGUCAGUGGUGAGAGAGCCACAACAGAGUAACAAUGACGUCACUCUCAGCGCAUUGGGGAGCAGCAGCUCGGACGCUUACCUGUCACACCAGGGAAGAGUGAUAUCACAGGACCGAAUGUAAUGAGGGAAAUUCAGUCACUGAGAUGGACCGAUGGACCGUUGAAACUGGCCAUCCCGAAGCCAUGAAAUGACCCGUCAGCAAUACUGUGUGCAUGGCCAAUUAUUUUUCUCUUGAACAAUUUACCACAACACAAAAGAGUCCUGGGACAAUGGACUGUUAGCCCAACCACAAAUUGUCAAAAAGUUUACCGUUCUCUACAUACUUUGUGCUCAACAAAAUACUUCAUAUUUUUGGGGGUUUUGUUUCAUUAUUUUCAAUCCCAGAAUUCAUUUGAUGAAACGUAAGCUAAAGAUUUAAAAAGGAACCUGGAAAACAUUCAGGGAUUCCUCCAUGCAGGUCAGUACCAUAAUAUCAUUGUCAGAUUCCUGUUGAAGAGAAGGGUGGUCAAGCAUUGCUUUUUUUUCUUUUCUCAGUAAAUCUUGAGCUGAAUUUGCAGGGACUCGAUUGACAGAAGAGAUUACAUGAAUUGCAAUCACAGAGAAAGAUAAGUAUGGAUUAUUCAGUUAAUCACUCGCCCACUGUCAUUCAGUUAAGAUAAGUUUAUUUAGUCUUUGGUUGCAUUUGAAUGGUGUAAUUUAUAUAAUGUAGGGUUGAAAGGGCCCCGGUACACUGUAUGUUGUCUAUUUCUUUUGUCUUGCUGGGGUCAAGUCAAAUGAGUUUUCAAACAUACAAAAAAGUAAAGAUAUUGUUUUUAAUGAAAGGUCGCUGGUGUACAGAAUACCCUCAAAACGGGGAAACCGAAUGUCAAUGCUGUGUUUGUACACUGACGUGAAGCAAUGCAAGACGUUGUCCUUAAUAAUAGUGAGGCGACAGUUUUCAUUAAAUGUGUGUACAACCUGAAAUUCCACAGAAUGGGGAAAACUAAAAUGCAUCUGUGCAUUAACACAGUUUUGUUGUUGACACUGUUUUGUGGGAGCGAUCAUUUAUGUCACAUGGUGCAGUGCAUGUUAAAGGGUGAAACUGACCUGGAGUGUCACAGACAAACCUAAAAGACAUAUAUUAAACACAGAGUACAGACAAAGAGCAGCUGCUUUCAAGUGCUUGUGUAUGCUAAGAGGGUUAGUGGGAAAUCUGACACUCCUUUUAGUUAUUCAGGCAACAGGUGUUGACCUUAAGUUCAUAUAACGUCCACACUUCCUAUUUUUGAAUAUCUUUUCAGGCACAAGCUGUUCAAAGUUACCCCCUGGGCAACAUUUUGCCAACAAGCUUCAUGCUGCUAUGUGUGUUUACCAUAAAGGAAUUGGACAUUUUAGCCAGAGAAUUGAAUUCAGUACAUGAUUUCAACACAUUCCUUUGACUAAUGUGAUUUGGCAGAUUUUUAAGUUUGAUGUAAAAAAUCAAGGACAAUAAUCAGUGUUUCAGAGGGUAAUGGUUCUGUACGUGUCAAAAUAUAUUUUGCAGAUUGAUAGAAAUAGCUUACACAUGAUUUCCAAUCCGCUGUUAAACAUAAUAUACACGUCCAUAUUUAUUCAUCAGCUCGAUACAAGGAUUAUGGGCUUUUCUUCGGUGGACAGGAAUGUAUGGAAACGUAAAAAUGUACGUUAUAAUUGUUUUCUUAAGCAUCAUUCUACUGACAAAGCUGUCAAUCAUCUAACAGCACUGAACACAGGAACAAAUCUCCUCAAAGGGUUUGAAGAAAAAUGUAGGCCUAUCAUUUGUUUAAUUUAAAACUUGCAAUUCAUCGAUGAUUUACGAAACAUGUACUUGAAUUUUCAUCGCAAAUGUAUCUUUAUAUGAGCUGUACAUCAAAAGCUAUUGUCAAAUGUUUUGUGAAACAGAAACAGGGAUUGCUAGUUUUGAAAAUACGCCUUGCUAUGUUCAGCAUUUGAUUUUUGUUGCCUUUUUUAAACAACUCAUGAUUGCACACUGAAUACUUUGUUACAUCCAAAAGGAAAAAAAAAAACGUUUUCCACAUCUGAUGCCUGUCUAAUGUGAUUGUUUGGCCUUUUGUUUCAAAUGUAAAAACCAAGAGGCGUGUUAAGGCCGGUUGUUUUAGUGCUUUUGUUUUGUUAUGGUUUUAAAAUUUCAAAGAUUUCGAGUAUUUGUGCCAGUGCUUAAGCCAUUACUACUCCAAAAGUAUAAUUUUUUUUCAUAUCCAUGAGCAUUUUCAUACAGUGCCAACUUGUAACCAUGAUUUGAUGGUUCAGACCAAUUCUGUGCACAUCCCCACUUCUGCACGCUGUAGCUAGUCACAGGAUAAUGAGACUCAGUGUAGUUUGGCAUGGUAAAACGGUGUGAAAUACUUCUGUCACUGUCGCCGUUUGACUACCGGCAGUGUGUUCGGAACAGGAUGGACUCAAGCGGUUGAUCAAUAUCUCACAUCUUAGAAAAGAGUCAGGAUGUGUUAAUAUUUCACUGGAAUUAAGUGGAAACCAUGCAAGGUCAUGCAUGGUCAGUAUGGUCGUCUUCUUCAUGCACCCUCUAUAACUGCAUGUGGUAUUGCAUGGGGAUUGCACUGUAAACAAAAUAGCGCAUACAUUUGCAAGAUGAAUUUUGUUCUUUUUUCUUUUUUUCCUAGUACAUGUACAUAAUGUUUACUGAAACGUUAUUCUUGUACUGUGCCACAUAAUGUAAUCCACAUGAUGAUGAUGAUGAUGAUGAUGAUAAGGAUGCGAUGGAAACAUCAUAAAGCAGAUAUUAAAUAUAAUAUCCAGCACAGAAAUAAUCAGUAAGGGAAUACUUGAAUACUAAUCGGCACAGUCUAUAAGAAUCUGGGCAGUGCAAAUAAACCUGAAACCUACGAGCAUCUUGCAUUAUAUGCGUACCAUUGUCUUUAAUUUAUUAAUCCAAGAGAAGUAGAAAUAAAACAAAGCAGAUGCUAUGGUAAUACAGAGCAUGGUGCUGCUGGUGUUGGUGUUUCGGUUCUGAAUGUUUUAUGGGGAGAGAUGUGAGUAGGUGGAGUGUUAAGUGACAUUCUAUGAAUGUAUUGGAGAAGAGAAAAAUAUAUUUGUCAUUUACAUUUUUGUUUGUUCUUUACAAUAAAUACCAAAUUAACGGA